GGAGGAGUGAAUGACAGGCUCCUCGGUCGUAGAACGCAAAAGGUCCACAAACCAGGUUAUAACAUUAACGGCAUCUGUUCCACAGUUAACGGUGCUGUAACCGAUCUGUUUUCCCCAAACUAACGUCGUCUACACCCCCCUCUUCAGACACUCCCCUCACUCCAUAACGUCCGUCCAUGGCGUCGUGUGACGACGAUUUCUCUCUCCUUGACGGUAACGCAACUAACUCUAACGCCCAAUCUAACCCUAAUCCUAAUCUCCACCGCCUCGCCGCCACUCAUCACCACCAAUCAUUUCCUCACCGUUUCUCCAAGGCCACUCCCAUCCACGCGCCGCCGCCUGUUCAGUCGCUGAUUCAACCGAUUCUUCAGCCUCAUGUUGAGAGUUCCAAGGAUUUGUCCGGCGACGAUGAUGGCGAUGCUGAGGGGUACAGCGACGGCGCGUUCUGUUCGCAGCCUGAUCCGAAGGCGUUUCACGGCGCGAUCCCUUUUUCCGGCGAUAAUGACCAGGUUCCUUUUGAGAAUGAGGCUGACAUGACUAGAUCUAGGGUUAAUCAUGAGAAGCGAAGCGAUCGCGAGGAGCUUAGCGAUGGAGGAACGCCGUAUAGUUACAAAAGAUCGAAGCUUGUGAAUUCGAUUGCGUCGGCUGGUGGAAGUGGAGAGUAUAGGAAGGAUCGAGAGGAGUGGAGCGAUACGGCGAUUGCGUGUCUUCUCGAUGCGUAUACAGAGAAGUUUAUGCAGCUUAAUAGGGGGAAUUUGAGAGGGAGAGAUUGGGAGGAAGUGGCUGGGAAUGUUAGUGAGAGGUGUGAGAAGCAAUGUAAGAGUGUUGAACAGUGUAAAAACAAGGUGGAUAAUUUGAAGAAGAGGUAUAAGUUGGAGAGACAUCGAAUGAGUAAUGGCGGAAUUUCUGCGAGUCAUUGGCCUUGGUUUAAGAAGAUGGAAGUGAUUGUUGGCAAUGCAUUACCAAUGAAAACUGUUUCGGAAGAAGAUAAGUCUAUUGGUGGAUCCGCAUCAUCACUUAAACCAUCCAAGAGGUAUGGCACAGCUACUUCCAGCCCCAGUGCUCAAAUUGCUAAUAUGAAGACAAAACAGGUGACCAACCCAAAGUGGCGGAGAGUAGUCUUUAAAAUCAGUGGUGCUUCCUUGGCCGGUUCUGGUUCUCACAGCAUAGACCCAAAGGUGGCAAUGCUGAUUGCUAGAGAAGUUUCGAUGGCUUGUCAGAUUGGUGUUGAGGUGGCGAUAGUUGUUGGUGGUCGUAACUUCUUUUGUGGAGAUACCUGGGUGACAGAAACUGGUUUAGACAGAUGUACUGCAUAUCAAAUUGGUAUGAUGGCAACUGUGAUGAAUUCCAUACUACUCCAAUCUGCCCUGGAGAAGAUGGGUGUUCAGACUCGAGUGCAAACUGCAUUUGCAAUGCCAGAGGUUGCAGAACCAUACAGUAGACAGAGAGCCAUCAGGCAUUUAGAAAAAGGUAGAGUGGUAAUAUUUGGUGGUAUUGGUGCUGGUACAGGAAAUCCACUCUUUUCCACAGACACGGCAGCAGCUCUUAGAGCUUCGGAAAUUCAUGCUGAUGCUGUCCUGAAAGGUACUAUGACAAACAACACAGAUGGUGUCUAUGAAUUUGAGUCCAGAAAUAACAGUGGUCUGUUUGAGCAUGUUACCUUCAGGGAAAUGGCUUCCAGAGGUUCAACUGCAAUGGACAUGAUGGCUGUGACAUUUUGCGAGGAGAACUGUAUUCCAGUGGUGAUAUUUAAUCUACUUGAGCCUGGUAACAUAUCAAGAGCAUUAUCCGGAGAACAAGUCGGAACUUUGGUUGAUCAGACUGGGCAGAUCAGUUGACAUCUGUAUUUUUGGAGAGCUGAGAUAUGCCCUUACAGUCUGCCUUCCAGAGGCAAACAGAGGCUUCCCCAAGUUUUCUGGGCUCCCAUUAUCUAUCAGAUAAUAAUGGACAUAUCCAAUAAUAUACCGUAGAUUUAGGACUUGUACCGGGAAAAAAGAGGGGAUAAAAUUAUUCUGGCUGUACAGAUAACAUGAGAGAGGGAUAAUAUAUUUAUCCCCAUAGAGAACAUAAAGAUAUGCUACCUGUACAGAUAACAUGAGAAAAAGGGAUAGUAUACCUUCAGCAACUGGUUAGUCAAGCCACCUGCAUGCUGAGGUGUGUUGUGUUUGUAAAUCGUGUCUAAAAGAGUUAACAUUUUACAAAAUUGUACUACUUGUGUAAAGAUGCAACUCUAUGUAUGAAAUUCAGACCAAGUUCUUACUAGUUCGAAAUGGUUAACAAUACAUGUUAUUGAUCA